GAAAAUAGCAUAAAAAAUUAGUUAGAUGUUGCUUAAAAAGUUAUAAAAGAACAAAAAAUCGAUAAAGAGCAUUGUCAAAGGAAUGGUAGAUGGGGAGCGUUAAUUAUUUUCUAUUGUUUGCACAUGUUUACUUACUAUAAAGAUCGUCAUUUAUCUCGCUAUUAUAAAAGGAAGUAUAUUCCAUUUGAUUUCUAUUUGAAGCGGAACAUUUAGGUCACAUCCAUUAAUACUGUGAAGCUUUUCCUUUCAAGUUCAAGACGUUGGAGACUGUUUUAGGUGAAAUUGUUAUAAAUAUUGAAGAAUAAAAAUUUUAUCAUUCCUUCUAAUAUUAAAAUGAUUAUUUAUUAUUUGUAAGGAUCUAUUUCCCCCCAAUUAAUCAUUAUAAUUAAUUAAGAAUAUCUCAUUGCAACCCGAAUUUGCUUAAAAUGAUCUUUUAAAUAAAGCCUUUCUUUUAAUACUAACGCUGUUUUGUCUAUAUGAAAUAAUAAAGUACGAAAGCUUACUGUUAGUCUAUAAUACUAUAUUACAUUCAUCGCUUAAUGCUUAUUAACUUCAUUAAUUCUUCUUUCUACAUUUAAUAGAACAAACUCUUUCGACUUGGGUAUAAAUAAAUAAGAGCUUUUUGACAAUGAGCAUCGAAAAACCGUACGAGUUCAAUGAUAAAACUGCAUUAUAUACUGAUUACGUCACACUGGCAUCUUGCGGAUUAGGCCUAAUUGGAUGUGCGGCCAAUUUGAAAAUCAGCAUCCCUUUGUCUAAAACUUUAUCAGCAGCUGUUUUCAUGGCAGCAUUCUCCAUUUGCGAUGGCGUUCAAUUAAUAAUCCGAGGCAUUGAAUCAGUUUUCAAUGUUUGUCACGCUCAUGACUUGACAUCUAUUACAUCAUAUGAUGCUCUCUACGGCUCUUCUAACUGGCGUUGUCGGGUAGGAAUAUUCUCUAAUGUUGGAGCGAAAAUAUUGUCUACUUGGCUCGUCUGUGCGUUGGUGGCCGAAUUUUGCAUCACGAAGAAAUCUGUCGAAACUUCAAGAAACUGGCAAGUUGCUAUGACGUCAACUCUCAUAGCUGUUGCAGCCUGUUUCCCAUUUGUUGUUAUGGCUGAGGGUAACAGCGACACUAGUCUACACCUAGCAACACCGUGUACCAGCUCCUAUAGACUAUUUUUCGACUUUUACCUUCGAGUCGUUGUUGAACUAGUAGCAGCCAAUUGGGCUCCUGUCCUAGUAACUCUUUUCUGCUCCGUUAAACUCCUUAUUAAAGUGUUUAGAGGAGCCAGCAUAAACGACAGAGCCGAUUUAUGCUGCAAAAGACUUGCGCUCACCUUGGGAUGGACACAAAUCAUCUUCUCUAUACCAUUUAUUGUUACCUCAACAUUUACCGAGGUGAGACGUUUCUCUUCACACGACCUCUCGAAUGAUUGGCUUAAAGAUGCGCAUAUAUUCUGCAGACUCCUCUCACUAUUCCCCAUUUGUAGUAGAUUUUAUUUGGCUGCAUUCCUCAGCCCAAGAAUAAAGAAAGCCGUCAACCAAUCAUGGAAAUGUGGAAGAAUAGAAAAUCAAAAUCAGAAACAAUUCUACGGUAGUGAAACAGUAGAAAACUCAGCCUAUAAUACUCGUAGCCAUUUAUAUACCAACGAUUACAAUUCCCCUAAAGUAGCUAUUUCUCACUUGGAUUCUACGUGGUUUUAAUAAUUUUAUCUUUUUUGUUAUUGACAAAUUUACUAUAAAGUCACACAAGUACUAUUUAUGGCUAAGCAAUCUUCGUAUUUGCUAUAUGUUUAUAAUAGAUUAUAAUAGUUUGAUAUAUGUAUUAAUCACUAUUUCAUUUAAAAUAUCGAUAUCUAAAAAUGUGGUUGCAGUGUAUCAUAUGGUAUAACACAGUACUAUUUAUACAAACACGUUUAAAUUAGGUUAGAUAAGCCAAACAAUUCAUAAUAAGUAGUACGUUGAAAAACAAAAACGCUUAUACUGCAUAAAAUAUGAAAUAUUCGUCAACUGUUAAUUUUUGUCUAAAGUUAUUUAAUGUUGCCCUUCUAAUAUCUCAUACCAUUACAAACAAACUACACUAAUCGGACAAGAAACGUUAAAUAUAGAAUUUUCUCCUUAUAGGCCGCAAAUUCGAGAAGAAUGAACAAACAUUAUGACCCCAUUAACCUUCACAGUUCAAACAAACAUAAUCGCUAUUACGUAUUCACAAAUGAAAUAUUUAAAGGAACUAGAUGGUUAGUUAUAUAUCCUACAACCAGAUGUCGACACUUGUCAAGAGUGUCUACUUCGCUAAUCGAGUCCAUUAGCGAUUCAUAUAUCAAACAGUCGGUUGACAGCUGCGACAACGAGAACUCCGCAAAAUGCAACGCCAGAUUACAGUUCUUGUGUAGAAUUUCUUAGACGCUCAGCAUGACACCCGGCCCCUUCUCGUCAGCAUUAUUAAAAAUAACAAACGUGACCCCUUAAAUACUUCAUCCCUAUACGUCAAGAUGCUAGAGAAAGGGGAGGACGCUGCGUUAGCGUCCCACUUUUG